CCACAGAUAUAUAUAAUAAUAUGUAUCUAAUCCAUCAUCCAUGCAACAGAAGUACACAGUCACACACACAAUCACAUGUUCCUGUUCGUUUUUCACGGUUCUCUUGGCGCCUAGAACUCUGUACCCAAUACUCUCUUUUGCAGAUCUAAGCAAAUCAUUCACUUGAAUCAUACUAAAAAGAAAAAAAUAAAAAAAAAAGUUAGAAAAGAAAAAUGGUGUAUACAACUCUUCAUUCUGGAAUUCGGCUGAAUUCACUUCCAUCAGUAUCUCAUUGUGAUCGAAGAACUGCUUCUAGUUCAAGUUGUUGUACUCAUUUUUCAUUUUUGUUAAAGAAUUACUCAUUUACUACUACUAAUAAAAGGUUUUUAGCUGGAAGGUCCACAUAUGAUCAGUCAGAGUCCCUAUCUUUUAUAGUUUCUGCUACAGAAAAACUGUUUGUUCCUGGUGCUAAAGGUGAUGGUUCUUCAACUGAGCAAUUGGAAGCUCUUGAUGCAGAUACCGAAAUUUUGGCCCAUGAGGAAAGUCUAGAUGAGGUACAACUUGAUGACAUGUCUGAGAAAGAGUAUGUUACUUCACCUGUUUUGGUUGAGGAUAUUACAAUUACAGAGGAAGAACCAAUAGUUUCUUCAAUUGACAUUAGCAAAGAAAGUGAGGUCAUCAGACAACUAUCUAUUCCUUCUCCUGGAGCUGGAAAGAGAAUAUACGAGAUUGACCCACUUUUAGCAAACCAUCGUCAACAUCUAGAGUACCGGUAUUCACAUUACAAGAAAUUACGUGAGUCCAUUGACAAAUAUGAAGGUGGUUUGGAGGCAUUUUCUCGUGGUUAUGAGAAGUUGGGUUUCACUCGCAGUGAGACAGGUAUAACCUACAGGGAAUGGGCACCUGGGGCUAAGUCCGCUUCACUUAUUGGAGAUUUCAAUAACUGGAAUCCAAAUGCUGAUGUUAUGACCCGGAAUGAAUUCGGUGUCUGGGAGAUAUUUUUGCCGAACAAUGCUGAUGAUUCUCCACCUAUUCCUCAUGGUUCUCGAGUGAAGAUUCGUAUGGAUACUCCAACUGGAAUCAAAGACUCAAUUCCUGCUUGGAUCAAGUUUUCAGUUCAGGCUCCCGGUGAGAUUCCUUAUAAUGGAAUAUACUAUGAUCCCCCAGAAGAGGAAAAAUAUGUGUUUCAACAUCCUCGGCCAAGGAAACCAAAAUCUCUCAGGAUUUAUGAAGCACAUGUAGGAAUGAGUAGUACGGAGCCAAUGAUCAACACCUAUGCCAACUUCAGAGAUGAUGUUCUUCCUCGCAUAAAAAAACUUGGUUACAAUGCAGUUCAAAUUAUGGCCAUUCAAGAACACUCAUAUUAUGCUAGUUUCGGGUACCAUGUGACAAAUUUUUUUGCACCUAGCAGUCGUUGUGGGACCCCUGAUGAUCUUAAAUCUAUGAUAGAUAAAGCCCAUGAGUUGGGACUGGUUGUUCUCAUGGAUAUAGUUCACAGCCACUCGUCAAACAAUACUUUAGAUGGUCUAAAUAUGUUUGAUGGGACGGAUAGUCAUUACUUUCACUCUGGAGAACGCGGUUAUCACUGGAUGUGGGAUUCUCGCCUUUUUAACUAUGGACAUUGGGAGGUACUAAGAUAUCUUCUUUCAAAUGCAAGAUGGUGGUUGGAUGAAUAUAAGUUUGAUGGAUUCAGAUUUGAUGGUGUGACUUCAAUGAUGUACACACAUCAUGGUUUAUCGGUUGGGUUUACUGGAAACUAUGAUGAGUAUUUUGGGUUGGCAACAGAUGUUGAUGCGGUAGUUUAUUUAAUGCUGGUUAAUGAUCUCAUUCAUGGGCUCUUCCCCGAAGCCAUCUCUAUUGGUGAAGAUGUGAGUGGAAUGCCAACAUUCUGUAUUCCAGUACAAGAUGGUGGUGUAGGGUUUGAUUAUCGUUUGCAUAUGGCCGUUGCUGAUAAGUGGAUUGAGCUUCUCAAAUUAAGGGAUGAAGACUGGAAAAUGGGUGAUAUUAUUUACACACUUACCAAUCGAAGAUGGUCAGAAAAAUGUGUUUCUUAUGCUGAAAGUCAUGACCAAGCGCUAGUUGGUGAUAAAACUAUCGCAUUUUGGCUUAUGGACAAGGAUAUGUAUGAAUUUAUGGCAAUGGAUAGACCCGCAACUCCUCUUAUAGAUCGCGGCAUAGCAUUACAUAAAAUGAUCAGACUCAUUACAAUGGGAUUGGGCGGAGAAGGAUAUUUAAAUUUCAUGGGAAAUGAGUUUGGGCAUCCUGAGUGGAUUGAUUUUCCAAGAGCUGAUCAAAGUCUUCCUGAUGGGAGAUUUAUACCUGGGAAUGGUAAUAGUUUUGAUAAGUGUAGGCGCAGAUUUGAUCUGGGGGAUGCAGAUUACUUGAGAUAUCAUGGUUUACAAGAAUUUGAUCGGGCGAUGCAGCAUCUUGAAGAAGCUCAUGAUUUUAUGACUUCAGCACACCAGUAUAUUUCACGGAAACACGAAGGAGAGAGAGUAAUUGUAUUUGAAAGAGAAGACUUGGUGUUUGUCUUUAAUUUCCACUGGUAUAAUAGCUAUUCAGACUAUCGCGUGGGUUGUUUACACCCUGGAAAAUAUAAGAUUGCCCUGGACUCUGAUGCUACAUUGUUUGGAGGCUUUGGUAGACUCGACCAUGAAGCUGAAUUUUUUACCUUUGAAGGAAAUCAUGACAACAGGCCACGAUCUUUCAUGGUUUAUGCACCUGCAAGAACCGCAGUUGUCUACAAGCUUGUAACCGAUGAUGUCGAGCCCACCAAUGUCGCCAAGUGACUGCUCUGAGUCUGACACUUGCAAAAAACUAUUAUACAAAACUGUCAUUUCUGGCCAUUGAAGAACGGUACCUAGAGGAACAUAAAAGGAGAAGAAAAACUGGGAGGGAGACUUAUUUGUAAAGUUGGUGCGCUCAAGUCUCGGAUGUUGUAGGAGUUUUGGUAACUUUGUCCUUACUAGCCCUAAUAAAUUGCGAUACAGUGUUCGGGUAGUCCAGAUCUUCUUUGCAAUGUAUAGCUUUAGAGAACAAGUGUUAUUUACACUAACAUUGUAGCUUAUAAUAUAUCUAUAACUAUAUAGUAAAUAAAUAAAUUAAUUUUCUUUAUUGUAAA